AGAUAAAAUUGUGUAGGAAAAGUCUAAAGUGGUAAUAUUUGUGAUGGAUCUAACUUAUAAAAAUGAUAAAGAUCGUUUUGGUCAUCUUUGUAACAACCAACAAUUUGCUGAUAUUUAUUUUAUAUUUAAAAAUGAUAAAGAACAUCAACGUAUUCCAGCUCACAAACUUAUUUUAUCGGUUGGAAGUGAUGUGUUUAAAACAAUGUUUUUUGGUAGUUUACCAACACAAACUGAUGAAAUUGAGAUACUUGACGUUGAACCGGAUGGAUUUAAGGCAUUACUUAAAUAUUUAUAUUCACAAGAAGUUCAAAUAAAUCCAGAAAUAGUGAUGAGUACUUUAUACGCAGCGAAAAAAUACAACGUGGCAGAAUUGGAACUGUUUUGUGUUGAUUUUUUGGAAAAGAGUUUAACAGCAAAUAAUGCGUUUUUAUUGUUAAAUCAAGCUAGAUUUUAUGAUGAGCUAGAAUUAGCUGAAUCAUGUUUAAAAGUGAUUGAGAAAAAUACAAGGGAGGCAUUAGAUUCUGAUUGUUUUAUCGAUAUAGAUUUGGGUACUUUGAUUGCUGUAUUAGAACGGAAAACUUUACAAGUGUUUGAAUCUGAUUUAUUUGAGGCUAUUUUUUUAUGGUCAAAAGUUGAAUGUGUUCGAAAAGAAUUACCAGUAACACCAGAAAAUCAACGUACCGUCUUGGGUCGAGCACUAUCGUUAAUUCUAUAUCCAUUAAUGACAUUUAAAAAAUUUGCAAACGGGCCAGUUCGAAGUCGAUUACUGACAGAUAUUCAAGUUACAAAAUUUUGUAUGAUUAUAGCCUCAAAAACAAAUUCUAUGGAGACGCCAAGAUGCAGUACUAAUCUUGCUCUUGCAAAGACUCCUGAGGUCCAUUUAAAAUUUAAUUAUUUAACACACCUUAUUCAAAAGCAACAACAUUUUAUUGAUUCGUUUGCAUUUAGUCAGCCUGUAGUUAUCGUAGGUUUUGCACUUCAUACAUAUUUGAUGAAAGAUAAAUCGAAGAUAACGUUGACUUUAAAGGAUUCGCUUCAGCCAGUUUUCGAUAUCACUCAAUGCAAUGAUUUAUCUUCAACAUCUUUAGAAUUACCAAUCAUAUUAAGCAGACCCUUUGUGAUUAAUUCAUCUGAGAUUUACACGAUCGAGACUCAGAUUGAGAAGCUUUCUGAUUGUGACCUGGCCCCACAAAAUUGUUUAAAUAAAAACUAUGGUGAGUUAAAUUGUGUAUAUUGUGGACGUUAUAAUAGAUAUCAAGUGGCAAAAAUGGCAGUAAUGGAACAUAUAAAACCAUUAAAUAUGAAUUCAGUUGAUUAUUUUAAUUUUAUCAAGUGUUCUGGCAUUAUUUCACAAAUUAUAUUUUACGAAGCAAACUCAAACGUGGACCCAGAAGAUGUUUUGGUGAGGUCAUUUGAUAUUUUCAAGAGUAACUAAUGCCAUAAUUUGUUCUUAAAUUUUUUUGCCUUGUAAUUUUUUUAUAUAAUUUCUUAAAAAAGUUAGUUUGCUUUACUUUUAAAAUGGA